GUUUCUCAGUGUCAUGGAAGUUGAUGGUGGCUACUUUAAACUGUUAUCUUCCAGCCACAACCUAGGUGGUAAUUUUUUUUCACAUUUAAAAUACUCCUAUCGUGGGAUAGGAUUUUCUUUUCCCUUUUAUGCAAAGCGUAAGCUUUAGCCCGGACGUCCUAUAUGCAUAUAGGCUAAUCGGUAUACAUGAUGCCUUAUCUAAUUAGGUACGUCCAUGAUUUGGGGUCGAUGAACGUUAUGAAAGAGACGAAAGUUCUCCCAAUAUUAAGAUAAAUCUAAAUUAUUCCUUAACACAUAUUCACAUACUUAAACAAUGGUAGUUUGAAUACGUUUUAGUUUUCAAGUCAAUGCAAGUGACUUUGAUAUUAAAAGACCAUUCUUUACUGUCUUAUUCAAUCGUAUUUCACUAGAAGCAGUGGAUCUAUUUGAUGCGCUAAAUAUAAUUGAAGCCAGGGUUGUCAUGGGUGGAAUGAGGUCUAACCCAGGCCUGGUGUUUUAGAGAUGACCGAGCAACAACAGUUAGCGCUUGUGCAAUUACGUCACGAGCAGAAUUCACGUGACAUCAAGGCAUUCAUGGGAAAGUGAAAUGAAGGAGGGAAUUAGCUCCGAUUCUGUUGUGGCCUGAGUUAAGAGCGAUCGCCCGUUUUAUUGUAUACGAGGAAGAACAAGGAUGGACACGAGGAAGAUGACAAAGAAACGUGAAUGCACCAUAUUCGAGUGAUUCCUGCUUCAAUUGAGAAUUUUAAAAGACAAAGAAAUACUCCAAGAACUUUAUUUCUAAACUUCACCAAUUUUCCCCAGCGACAUUUGUUACUGAACUAAAAUUUCCUGAAGUUGGAUCCUCGGUUUUUACCACAUUAUGAAUACACCAAAUGGAAUGAUUCAACAUGGAAUAGAAACUAUAUUCUAAAUACCACCACACUGGUACAUUGAACUGAUACAAAAUAUAAUUAAACAAACAAUACAAACCAUAUUGCAGACACAGCUUUCAAGGAAUUUACUACCAUUCUGUAUCACAGCUACAUCCUGUAUUGAAAAAAAAUAUUUGCAUCACAGAAGCGAGUGGAAGUGAACACGCUUCUCUCAAUAAACAGUCGGUAACCUCAUUUCUUUCAGCAGUUUCUUAUGGAUGAGCGAGGUAUAAUAAUGAUUGUAGACAGAAAGAACUCGAAAUUGUGCUGUUAAUUCCUGUACCAAACUUUACGGAAUAUUAAAAAAAUUCCAGAACCUGUAUUAUCUCUAACUUAUUGACACAACUCUGCGCAUCCACAGUUAUUUUGUAUUCCUAUUUCGAAACAAAGCAGGAACUAAAUAAAUGACCAAAUGGUCAUAACUGACGAUUAUCGAUACUUGCUUUGAUUGUGAUUGAUUAAUGACUUUCGGAAUUAUUUAUCGAUAACAACUGACGCAUCCAUAGAAUUCAGUUGUUAAAAGGGAUCUAAUGUCACCCUCUUACGUUUCUUUGGAUAUUUUAGACUUACAAUGCACACGGAUUAAUAUACUUUCAGACAUUAAACACCAAGCAAAACUUUAUGAAGAAAUAGUAAAAAGAAACGUAAUAAUGUCGAAAUUUACCGAGGAAAUUAAGCGUUAUUAUUCGUGUCGAUGGAGAUUAUGCUAUGCUUGUGGUGUGGCUUUUCUUCUGCUUCAGACUUUAAGAGUUGAUCUAAGUAUGGCUUUUGUAUGCAUGUUGAAAACGCACAAUCGUACAACUGAGGAAGUUAACAAUUCUACAAACAACCAACUUUGUUCUGGUUUGGAAAAUCAUUCAACAAACCAAACUUUCGAAGGAGAGUUCGAAUGGAGCAACUCACUACAAUCUAACAUGUUGGCUGGGUACUUCUAUGGGUUUCUAGUGACUGUAUUGGGUGGCGUAUUGGCGGACAAAUAUGGUGGGAAAAGAGUUCUGGGAGCUUCCCUUCUCUCAGCAUCCAUCCUGGCCAUUCUUCAUCCAAGUUUAUCUCGAAUUAGUGGUUACAUUACGCUUGUUCUAAGGAUAUUAACAGGAGCAGCAUCGGGGCUGUUGCCCCCAGCAAUUCAGUCCUUAUUUGGACGCUGGGGACCUCCACAAAUGAUAGGUGUAUUGAUAGGGUUUGCAUUUGCUGGUCAAAUUCUAGGUAGCAUUGUAGGUCUUUCAAUAUCUGGUUUUCUUUGUGAUUAUGGAUUCGAUAAUGGAUGGGGUUCCAUAUUCUAUGUAUUUGGUGGGUUAUCGUUGGUGUUUAGUUGUGUGUGGUUUUAUGUUGUUUACGAUAAUCCAAAUGUCCAUCCUACAAUCAUCGAAGAAGAACUUUCUUAUUUAAACAAAGCUAUAAUAUGUGAAAAUAUAGUUAGAAUAGUACCGUGGAAACGGUUGUUGUUAUCACCUGCAGUAUGGGCAAUUAAUGUUGGUUUAUUUACUUGGACGAAUAUAUCUUUCAUGGUAUUACUACCUUUAUAUAUGAAAGAAGCCUUACACGUUAAUACAACGUCCAACGGUUUAAUGUCGUCUGCUCCUUCCAUUGGACAAAUCAUUGCUUUUCCGUUAUGUAGAAAAUUUGCAGAUUUUUUACGUUCAAAGAAAUAUCUCUCAACGCGUUCAGUUCGGAUUUUAUUCAAAUCUUUUUCUAUGAUAAUUUCAGUAAGUUUUUUGAUAGCCAUGGGAUUUCUCAGAUGUGACAGAACUAUUCUAAUAACUCUGCUUUUGUUUCUCAGUGGUAUAUCGCUAUCAUUUACCAGUGGCGGUGUUCUCGUUAACAGCAGAGACAUCGCUCCAUGUUAUGCUGAUAUUAUAUAUGGAAUCGGUAACACUUUUGGGUCAAUGGCAGGCAGCCUUGGUUCCGUGACUGCAAAAGCUCUCACCCCAAACGGUACACAAGAAGAAUGGCAGAUCGUGUUUGCCUUAUGCGCUGCUAUAUGUGUAUCUGGUGCGAUAUUAUUUGCAAUACUGGUAAGAACAGAGAUCCAAGACUGGGCGAAUUUGGAAGGAUCUGGUUCAUCUGUUUAUCCCAAAUAUACAAAGGGAAGUAAAGUACUGAAAGUAGAUUUCUGAUUUUUUCCGCUAGAUGGCGUAUGAUAUUAAUACUAUCAUUUAGUACUACAUAGGUGUGUUUAAUUUUUUUCU